UGUGCUUUGCUAAAACAGUGUCUCCGUUUUUGCAAUGUCUACGUACAUUAUUAGAAUAGAUUGAAGUACACAAAAGCAUGUAUUAUUAACAGCAUCUCUUUUUUCUGAAUUUUAGAAUUUUUACAACAUAAAUUUGAUAUAUGAUAUACAUAUAUCUUAAAAAAAUAUAUAUUUUAGUAAUUGUUUUUCUUAACGUACUGUUCAAAGAGUAUCAUACAAAAUGAAACAAAUUCUUUGCGGCAAAAUAGGAGACAGGAUUGUGCUGAUUUCAAAGACAUCACGAUAUCCUGUACCUCUAUUUAAUACAAAAAAUUUAACAUCUGGUAGAAUGAAUAAAACUUGUCGACCAUUAUUAGCAUCACCACAUAUACGUUAUUUUGGAAACCCUAAUCGUGCAUAUGCAAUGUUUAUUGGAAGAAUUUUAAAAGGAGCAUUGAAAAUUCGAUAUCUUUUAUUAGGUGGAGCAGUUGGUAGUGGAGUAACUUUGCAAAAGAAAUAUGAACAAUGGAAGGAAGUUAUGCCAGAUAUGAGCUGGUUAGAUGAUAUAUUUCCUAAUGAACAAAAGUGGAAAGAUAUUCGCGAAUCUCUUAUGGUUGUUAAAAAUAUUUUCCCAGAAAAAAUAGAAUUUGAUCCACGUAUAAAGCAACUUGGGGAAGCUAAAUAUAGGGAAUACAAAGAAUGGUUUAAUCAAAGACUGGAUGAUGCUAUCAAGGCAGCUGAAGUUAAUCAAACUCAAGCAGGUCUGGAUAUUUCCUCUAAUCGUAUAUUUGACGCAAUCUCAUCAGUAGUAUAUCAACUUUAUUCAGAAACAAAGCAGCAAGUGGUGAAUAAUACUGUAGCAUUUGCACGACCAUUAGCCGAUGAUACUAUCGAAGAGGAACGUAAGAAAGCUCAAAAGUCACAAGAACGAUUGAGUGCUAUGCAAGAAGAAGUAAUGCAAAUACAAUCCAAAUAUCAACGUGAAUUAGAACGAUUAGAGAGAGAAAAUAAAGAACUUCGAAAACAAAUGCUUCUACGUGGUAAUCAAAAAAUGAGCAACAAGAAAAUAAAGAAAUCUUUAAUUGAUAUGUAUAGUGAUGUUCUAGACGAACUCAGUGAUUAUGAUAGUGCCUAUUCAACAGCUGAUCAUUUACCAAGAGUGGUAGUAGUUGGUGAUCAAAGUUCUGGUAAAACAUCUGUGUUAGAAAUGAUUGCCCAAGCAAGAAUAUUUCCCAGAGGGGGUGGUGAAAUGAUGACAAGAGCACCUGUCAAAGUCACUUUAAGUGAAGGUCCAUAUCAUAUAGCUCAAUUUAAAGAUAGUUCAAGAGAAUUUGAUUUGACAAAAGAAUCAGAAUUAGCUGAAUUAAGACGUGAAGUAGAAUUACGUAUGAAAAAUAGUGUUAAAAACGGUAAAACUGUUAGCCAGGAUGUAAUUUCAAUGACAGUAAAAGGACCAGGUCUUCAACGCAUGGUUCUUGUUGAUUUGCCUGGUAUAAUUAGUACAGUUACAGUUGACAUGGCAGAAGAUACACGUGAGGCUAUUCGACAGAUGACUCAACAAUAUAUGAGCAAUCCUAAUGCCAUUAUUCUUUGUAUCCAAGAUGGUUCUGUGGAUGCUGAAAGGAGUAAUGUAACAGAUCUUGUUGCUCAAAUGGAUCCUAGUGGCAAACGAACUAUUUUUGUUUUAACUAAGGUAGAUUUAGCAGAAGAAAAUUUAGCUAAUCCUGAACGUGUUCGCAAAAUAUUAUCUGGAAAGUUAUUUCCUAUGAAAGCAUUAGGUUAUUUUGCUGUUGUUACUGGCCGAGGUAGACAGGAUGAUACUAUACAAACAAUCAAAGAUUACGAAGAAAAAUUCUUCAGAAAUUCUAAACUUUUCAAAGAUGGUUUAGUAAUGUCCGGUCAAGUUACGACGAGAAAUUUGAGUCUUGCAGUUGCAGAAUGCUUUUGGAAGAUGGUUCGUGAAACUGUAGAACAACAAGCAGAUGCAUUUAAAGCUACUAGAUUUAAUCUUGAAACGGAAUGGAAAAAUAAUUUCCCAAGAUUAAGGGAAUUGGAUAGAGAUGAACUUUUCGAAAAAGCAAGAGGAGAAAUCUUGGAUGAAAUUGUAAAUCUGUCCCAAGUUUCGCCUAGACACUGGGAAGAAGUGUUAAUGGUCAGAAUUUGGGAUAAAGUUAGUAUGCACGUAUUUGAAAACAUCUAUCUACCCGCGGCUCAAAGCGGAAGUCCAAGUACAUUUAAUACUACCGUUGAUAUAAAACUUCGUCAAUGGGCUGAACAACAAUUGCCAGCUCGAAGUGUCGAAAGUGGUUGGGAAUGUUUACAACAGGAAUUUCAACAUUUUAUGAAUCAAGCAAAACUCAGUCCUGAUCAUGAUGAUAUUUUUGAUAAUUUAAAAAAUGCAGUAGUCAGUGAAGCUAUGAGACGUCAUUUUUGGGAAGAAAAAGCAUCUGAAAUGUUACGAGUUAUUCAACUAAAUACUUUAGAGGAUAGAAGUGUAAAUGAUAAACGUGAUUGGGAUCAAGCAGUCCGUUUUCUAGAAACUUCAGUUAAAGAGAAAUUGCAAGCUACAGAACAAAUUUUACGAGAUAUGCUAGGUCCAGGUCGCAAGGAACGAUGGCUGUACUGGCAAAAUCAAAGUGAAGAACAACAGAAACGCGUAGCAGUGAAGAAUGAAUUAGAUAAAAUUCUCUAUGCAGAUAAAAAACAUACUCCUACCCUCACUCAAGAUGAACUCACAACCAUUAGAAAAAACGUGCAACGAAAUGGUUUGGAAAUCGAUAAUGAAUUUAUUCGAGAAACAUGGCAUCCGGUGUACAGAAGAUUUUUCUUGCAACAAAGUUUAGCUAGAGCAUAUGAUUGUAAAAAAGGAUAUUAUCUUUAUCAUACUGGACAUGAAAGUGAAAUGGAAUGCAAUGAUGUUGUUUUAUUUUGGAGAAUUCAACAAAUGCUUAAGGUUACUGCUAAUGCACUUCGACAACAAAUUAUGAAUCGAGAAGCUCGUAGAUUAGAUAAAGAAAUAAAAGAAGUAUUAGAAGAUUACAGUCAAGAUAGUGAAAUAAAACAAAAAUUAUUGACUGGUAGACGUGUCACAUUAGCUGAGGAAUUAAAACGUGUCAGACAAAUUCAAGAAAAAUUAGAAGAAUUCAUCCAAGCAUUAAAUAAAGAAAAAUGAAGAAAUUUAUAAUCUAGAAAUUUAAACUCAUGGUACUGUGCCAUCGCAGUCGAUAUAAAAUUAAAUAUACAUACAUUUGGCAGGAAUGUUUCUCUCCUCAUUAUUUACGGUACACUCAUUCAGAGUUAGGCAGGAUUCUAUCCAAUAAGCAGUAUAAGAAUGAUUAUAAUUAACCCUGGAAUACUAAAAUGGAACAUCGCAUUCCCCAAUAACUUCAUUGUAAGUGAUGAUAGAUUUCUAUUAUUUAUGCUUCUCAAGAAUAAUAUAAUUUUGUAUAAUUUUACGAAAUCAAUGUUGUAUCACAGUUUUUUUUAUCAUUUGUACUUCUUAUUUUAAAACUUUCUAACAAACAGCAUCCCAUUAUUGGAAUCUAAUGCUCCAUUUAUUGUAUUAAAUGAUAAAAUUAUAAUUCAACUUUAUACUUAUUUUUAUGAUUGAAAUACAUUAUAGAAUAGCAUUUAUAUUGCAGGGUCAAACUCGAAUAAUGCCUAACUCCGUGAUACACUUAUUGGGGUCGACAAACCAGCAAUAAAUAGCGUAACACGUUUAUAAAUAAGGACUGUACCGAUAUAUUGUUCUAAGUAUAAACAUUAUGUAUGUAUGUAUAUAUAUAUAUAUAUAUAUGUACAAUUAUUUGGUAAUACAUCAUUGGUAACGCGCAAUUGGCUGCAAAUCAAAGAGGAAAAAGCGUUUUCGUAAAUGGACGAAAUAAACUAUAUUUCCGUCUUUCGCAUUGCAACAUCAUCAUGUAUCAAAUCUUUUAAUAUUUUAUACUUUUAUAUUUUAUGACCUUGACUUGUUAUAUCUGAGAAAAAAUGAGCAUAUUGUCCAAAUCAGAACAAUGAGAAAUUUGUAUAGUAAAAGGGGAAAAUGCUCAUUUGUAAAACUAGAUUCUUCUUUUCUUUUUUUUUUUUUCUCAACUCUGUUACGAUCUUGGAAUUUUUAUAUU